GCCUGUGGCGCGGCGGCCAUGGCGGCCUAGGGCCGGUGCGGCGGGGCCGGGGCCGGGAAGGGCUGGGCCGGGGCUCCCCCCGCCGCCGCCGCCCAUGUGGCUGCAGCAGCGGCUGAAGGGGCUGCCGGGGCUGCUGUCCAGCAGCUGGGCGCGGCGCCUGCUGCUGCUGCUGGUGCUGUUGCUCGUCGCCUACUGGUACCUGGGCGCGGCGCGGGCGCGGGGCGCGGGGCGCGGGGCCGAGCCCUGGGGCCCCGCCGCGCUCUGCGUGCAGGCGGCCUCGGGUGCCUGGCGGGAGCAGACCCAGCGCGGCGAUGCGCUGCCGCUGCCUGAGGAGGCGGCCGGGGCCGGAGAGCCCCCGGGGUUGGCGGUGGCGGGCAACGGGUUCCUGCUGCUGGACGUGUCGGCCGGGCGGCUCUGGGUGCGGCCCGCGGGGCCCGCUGCGGGCCCGCCGCUCGCCACCGAGUACCCGGCGCUGGUGCGGCUGAGGGCGCUGGGCGGGCGCGGCGAGGCGCGGGCGGCGCUGGCGGCGCUGCGGGACGGGGCCGUGCGGAGGUUGCGCUGCGUCCAGACGGGGCCCGGCGCCGGGGACUGCGUGACGGUGCGGGAGGAGGUGGUGGCCCACCGGAGCCGGCCGCACCUCUACCUGCAGCGCAUCCGCAUCGCGAACCCCACCGGGCGGGUGGCCGCCUUCGAGGCCUCGGCUCCCGCCGCCGCGUCCGCGCUGGGCGGGCGCUUCACCACCAGCCUGGAGAAGGUGGAGGAGCGGCAGUUCCUGCUCUCCUCGGGCCGCCUGCUGCUGGCCGGCAGCCCCAAGGUGGUGCUGGUGGUGGUGGCUGCCAAGAAACUUGUGAGCCGGGUGCAGGUCGCGCCCGAGUCGCACUUUGACGAGACUGUGCUGUCCGUGGUGUACACCUCGGAGCCCAUCGAGGUGUCCAGGCUGGAGGAGACCUUCAGCAAGCUGAGGGAGGCAGCCAAGAAAGAGAUGCUGGAGGUGAUGCAGAUGGGGGUGGAAGAUCUUUUCCAGGAGCACCAGCAGACCUGGUCUGACUUGUUCAUUUCAGGGAUUGAAAUGAGGAAGAUCACAGAUGCACAUACCCCAUCCAGUGAGACUGUCAACAUGACCCUCUACUACGUGCUCUCAACUGUGCCAGCCCCCCUGCUGGACCCUGUCCUUGCUGGUGAGGACAGGGAGAAGAUUGAGGCCAGCCUGAACUAUGCUGACCACUGCUUCAGCGGCCACGCCACCAUGCACGCCCAGAACCUGUGGCCACCCAGGCUGACCAGUGUCAGCCAGAUCCUGCAGCUCUCAGACCUGUGGAAGCUGACUCUCCAAAAACGGGGCUGCAAGGGCCUUGUGACAGCUGGAGUGCACGGGCUGAUGCAGGGAAUGGUGCUUAGUUUUGGGGGUCUGCAGUUCACAGAAAACCACCUUCAGUUUCAGGCUGACCCUGACGUGCUCCAUAACAGCUACUCCUUACGUGGGAUCCAUUACAACAAGGACUUGAUCAGUUUAGCUGUUCUGCUGGAUGCUGAAGGAAAGCCCUUCUUGCAUGUGUCUGUGAAGUUCCAGGAGAAGCCUGUCAGACUGUAUGCCUGUGAGGCAGGCUGUAUGAACGAGCCCGUGGAGCUCACCUCAGAGGCACGAGGCCACACCUUCCCCGUCAUGGUGACCCAACCCAUCACACCACUGCUUUAUAUAUCAACAGAUUUGGUCCACUUGCAGGACCUAAGACACACACUCCACCUAAAAGCUAUUCUAGCUCACGAGGAACACAUGGCCAAGCAAUACCCAGGCUUACCCUUCCUGUUCUGGUUCAGUGUGGCCUCCUUAAUUACUUUGUUUCAUUUGUUUCUGUUCAAACUCAUCUACAACGAGUAUUGUGGGCCCGGAGCCAAGCCCCUCUUCAGGAGUAAGGUAUAAAACUGCUGCUUUUGGCUGCUGUCCACUGAGUGUUGUCAGCCUGAUGUUGUGUCAGCUGUGCCUGGGCAGGCUCUCUCUUGGACUGUGAGGAUUUUCAGCCUCCCUUGAAACAAGCAAUCUGUGACCUCUUCUUGCAACAGGAUUAGGGCAGGGAUUGGAGCAGUGGGGCUCACAAUUGUCAGAAAAGAUAAACUCAUCAUCUGUUCUUAGACAUUUGUGAGGCUGCAGGUGGAGGCAGACUCAGCUUUCUGUCCUUUUCCCACACAUCAGUGUAGGACAUUGCUUGUUUCUAGGCCAGCACUUGCAGUUGCCAUGAGAUGAUUCUUGUUAUCCAGUACCAGGAAGCAUGUGAGAGAGCUGCUGUACUUGUCUGUACUGCUGUGUGGGGACCUGCACACCUGCCUGCCUGCUCUGAAUGUGUCAGGUGUCCACAGCAGCACCCAAAGGCAGGCUGGUGUUGAAGGUGAAGCUGCUGACUUGGUGGGACUUGAUGUAGGUGUUGAUAUUAUAGACACUGUGCAGCCCUCCAUCAAACCACACUUACACCAACAUUUUGGGAGGAUGCUGAAUUGGUGUUUCUCCCAGUCAGACAAAAUACAAAGCUGUGUUAAGGAAAGUACUGAGUGCUUUUUACUGUGAGUUGAAGGUUCUGGCACCAAGCUCUGGAGCCAGAGCUCCAAGCUCAUCUUACCUGGGUGUAAAGAAUUUCAAGUUGUUCUGAGUUGCCUUGGAAAACUUAUUUGCUGUAAAAACUUAGCAGAGAAUAGACAGUAGGUGCUUAGUACUGGGACUUUCUGAUUGUGUGUUGAUAUGAAGGGGAAAAGCAAGACCAAGCUGGAUUUGCUGUGUGAGCUAGUUGUGCUGUUCAGAGGCCUCCCUCCCGAGGGCUGAACUGAGUUAAAUGUAGCUUUCAUUUAGAAAAAAAGGAGAUGAUACUUAAACAGCUGUCAGAGGAAAAGUUCUAGCUAUAGAUUGUACUGUUAUUCCAAAUUACAAAAUCAAAUUUGAUUUUGCAUAGCUAAGGCUGAACAGAAGGUAUUGAACUAAACUUGACAGCUGGUAUGUAAGGGGUCUUUAAAGUGAGCUGGAAGUUUCCCUGUGAGCUCACUGGUUUUGUAAUUUUGAGCACUGGAGAUCAAGCCUGAUCCCAAGCACAUCUGAAUACCUGUGAUCCAGUAAAAGAUUGAGUGGGAGCUGCUUGUAGCCAGACAGACUAACCUAGGAAGAGGUAGGAUAGAAAUGUAAAUCAGACAGCUGCAGUUACAAGCCUCUGAUCAUGAUCAGAACCUCAGUGCAAAGGGAGGAAGGGUUAGAAGGUGAUGUCAGUUAUUGUGUAACAGCCCUGAAAUGUGUCCUUGGAAUUAUGUAAUGGUGUCCUUUCACUGUUGUCUAUCCAGUUGCCUUUGUCAUCUCCAAGACUUGCCUUCUGCCUUUACCAGUGACUUGUUAACCCUUGCUGCAGGUGGCUGUCCCUGACUCUGCCCGCUGAAGUGCCCAGAGGCUGCACAGCCCCAGCGAGGGCUGACCUGGCUCCUCAUCCUCCUGGGCACUGCAGAGCACACAGCUCUGCUGCCUCCUCUCAGCUGGACCUACUUCAAAUGAAGGUGAUGCAGAACUUGUUUCCAGAAACAGGGAAGAAGUGGAAGGCAGCUGAAGCUCAGAAUCUGUAGCAGUAAGCAAGAUAGAUGGUCUUGAAAUAGCACCCUGUUCCAUUCCUUGAAUGGGAACAUCCCCUUGUCCAAGUGAACUUAGUCCUGCUUUCAGCCUCCAUUUGCACAAGACACCUGGCAAUAUUGCAGCUGAGAACAAGGAGCAUUUGAAAGCAACAAUCCUUCUGUGCCUUGCUAUUACAGGAAUCUGAGACUUGGAAGGUGUGGUGAUUCAAUUGUUUAUCCCAGAAGCUUGUGUAACAGAUGUGUCCUUUCCCUGUAAGCUGUUCAGUUCCCUAGGAGUAAUCUAUUUGGUGAAAAUACUUGAAGAUAAACUAAGACCUUGGAUAUUUUGAUCUGUUGGGUUUUUUUUAUUCUACAGAAAAAUAAAGGAUAAUGAUUCCCUUCUGAGAGUUAACUAGAAAACUUUAGUGUAACUUCCUUUCUGGUAUACAGUUUGUAAUUUAUUGCUUGGGGGGAGGGGGAGUAUGUUAAUUUUUCCUCCACUUCAGUAACAGUCAAUUGAACUGUCAAUAUCUAACAGUCUUAACUGCCAAUAAGUUCUGGUAACAAGUUUUUCAGCCUUUAUGACUGUAGAGUGCAAAAUCAAUUUAAUGGAAGUGUUUUCUGGAUAUGCACUUGGAAAUGCUGAUCUACACGUUUCCUAUUCCAAGCCUAUUGAGACUUUGUGCAUUGAUUUGUUUUGGCUAUGGGGGAAGACACCCCACUUUCUAGUGACUUACAGGUUGUUUGGUUUUAAAAUACCAAAGCUGUUGUUUCUAAAUAAAGAUCUUUCAGUCUAAUCUGA